AUGAACUGUGCUUCUUUUGUUGAAAUCCUGAGUAUUGAUGCAUUUGUUUUCCAGAUUACACUGACAGGUUUCAUGUUUCUACUGACAUCAGCAUUCCUUGGCUUUGUAAGUAAAGUUUUCAAUACAUAUGAAAUGGUCCUAUAUUGUUCUUAUAUAUAUAAUAUAUGUGCAAGUUUUUUCCUUUCUUGAUGAUCAUAGUACUACACUACUAAUAAUUCAGAAAGUUUGAGCAUUAUUAUUGCUUCCAUUCUACGCGCAGAUGAAGAAGACCCUGAAAAUGCACGAUGAAUCAAAUAAGCGACAGAAGGUUGAUGAUGAUGUCCAAGAGGGUGCUCUUCCUCCUUAUCCACUCGAUUGUGAUCAGACACAGCGUGCCAAGGUGGAUUACUGUUUUUGGCUUCUCUCAGCUAAUUACUGCCUCUGUUACAAAUCAUAGGCCACUUCGAUUGUUGUUGGUUCAUAAAUUUUGUUAUGUAAAAAAAGUCGAAGUGACAUAAUCUGGAACAGAGGGGGUGGUAUGAUACAGUAACGUUUUAAGUCAAAGCGACAUAAUUUGGAACAGAGGGAGUAUGAUACAGUAACGUUUUAUGGCCCUGUGGGAUGUGAUUCAUCCAAAGUCUGAUUCAAAUGUAAUGUUCUCCAUUUACUUGUUAUCAUAUUGUGCAAGCUAAUUCUGAAAGGAGCUGCAUCCAGUUUCCUAUGAUGACUGAACAUGGUUGGAGGCCUCCUGUGUUAGCAGCUGUUGUAUGCCUGUAUCUACAUGAAUUUUCUCCUGACUACUAUUGGUUCAUGGAGGAUAAAUAAAAAUAGCUGGAAAGAGCCCAUUGCAUUUCUGUCUACUACUCUUUUGGAAGCAGAUGAUCGUGCUGUUCGAAUGGCUGCUGGUGAAGCAUUGGCUUUGUGCUUUGAGUUAAAUCUGCUUGAUGUUUCUUCUCGUGAGGAUGAUGGUGUUAACACAGGAGGAACAACUGGUUCUAAGAACAAGCUUUUCUUGGAUAUGCAAGCAUUAAAAGCCAAAAUAUCAGGUCUGGCCACUAAUCUCUCUACUGAGGCUCGGGUGCAAGGUGCAGAACCAGAGAAGAUCAUCAUGUUAAAGUACGUAAGCAGGCAAGUUGACACGAAGGGUAGGCUGGGAUUGGGCGGACACGUAAUUGCUUCAUGUUUUACGGCUUAAAUCUUUAUUAUAUAAAUUAUCAGUUUACACGAUUCUAUAUUUAUCUUUUCUCUUCUAGAUAAAAUAAAAUUAUAAAUAAAUAGGAUUUGAACCUUAGUUAUUAGAUUUACAUUCACACCCAACUAACCAAGAUAUCAUAUAUUUUUAUAUUUUAUUAAAACAAAGUCUAACCUUAUCUCUGGAAUAUUCAAAAGCAUCAACGUUAGUGUUCAAGGUUAGUAUAACAAAGGAAUUCAAUUUUCCUUCACAUAACAUGUUUAGUAUUACUGAAUGUUAUUCCGAUUUCUUCUAAAAAAUUGCAGAACUCAGUAACUGAAGAUGGAAGACUAAGAUGACAUUUAUGGAGACUAUUCUGAUACAUUGUCGAGCACUAAGUUUGACAUUAUGAACAUCUCAACAUACUGAGACAUGGAAGAACACCAUCAUUGUUUAAUGAUGAGGAGGACAGUGAUUUCUCUUAAGUAUAGUGCUUGCUAGAGUGUGCGACAUGCCAGAUCAUCCAACAGAUUGGCAAGUGAUGUGUGUAUGGUUGAUUCAUUUAAUUUUGUUAUGCAUUUUGGUCACUAUAAGAAUGCAUUCUUUAUGUGUGCUGAUAUGACAUCCUUGGACCUAACGCUUCAAUUUUCAAAUUGGUUAUUGUUGUAUCCUUUUAUAUGAAGAGGGAAUGGAUAAGACAUGAUUUGAAUAAAUUCCAGUAGUUAAUUUUUUUGUACAUUCACAAUAUUGAUGCCAUUGUUGUGUUGGUUUGUUCAGGCGUGGCUAACCCCGUGAACUUGCCGUCGGGAAGUCCAGCUGCUGCGGUUUUUGUGGCGAGCCUUUGCAGUUCGUUCUUCAGUGUAACCGGCAACAUCAGCUCUGCAAGAACCCCAGAAUAAACCCUGACAUCAAGACACUCCACUGAUCACUCUUGUGCUGCUCCUACCAAUGGAGCAAGAGCAUCUCCACCUGACAAUGGUCCACUCGUUGUAUUCAUCACUAAGUCCGCUCGAUUCCACCAAUAGGUGUUCAUGCUUACAGUUGAAUUGGCAAACUGAGGGAGGUGCCGGGGGAGCAAAAUUUUCUCAGUUUGGCGCUGAUUUAUCAAUGAUCAUGGAUAAGCAUUUGAAGACCCUUGCCCCAGUCUACGUGGGAACAAAAUUCGUCAAGCUUGAUGCUGAAAAUGCUCCAUUCUUUGUGGCCAAACUGGCAAUCAAGACACUGCCAUGUGUAAUAUUGUUCAAGAAGGAUAUUGCUGUUGACCGAUUAGUUGGGUUUCAAGAUCUCAGAAGUAAAGACGAUUUUCUGACAAGAGCAUUGGAACACAUUCUUAUUCUCAAGACGAAAGGGAUAAUCGAUGAGAAGAAGAAAGAUGACGACGAUGACGAUGAAGAAAGCGGGGCUAAGAAUAGGAGGGUUAGGUCCUCAACUGCUCAAGACUCUGACUCAGACUGAACUUGAGAUGAGGAUUGAGGACUCACCGUUUUUGCACUUUGGAUUUUGUUUGUUUGUUCUGUGUUGUGCUGUACUGUAAUUGUUUUGUGUAACCAUGUAUCGGUACCAGACACCACAACAAGAACAUGUACAAGAGAUUCUUUAGCAUCCAUUGUGUGUAAAAGCUAGGAUUUGUAGCUGCCUUUUAUUUCGUUUUUCCUCAGCUAUCAUAGGAUGGUACACCACAACAAGAACAUGUACAAGUAUGUCAUA